AUCCUACAUAGUGCCUGCAUGGCACUUUCUAAGUCAUAUUUUGCCUGGCAUAAAUUGCCAAAUAUUGAAUUUGUUGGUGAAAUGGCCGAUGAUUAUGGAGGCCCAAGGCGGGAAUUUUUUCGCUUACUUAUGGUCGAAACUCAGAAUUCCCUAGGGAUUUUUGAGGGGAAGCCUGGCAGUCUGUUGUUCAGCUAUAGCCAGCAGUUGCUGUCAAGCAACAAGUUUUAUACGGCUGGUAAACUGAUUGCUUGGUCGAUAGCACACGAUGGGCCAGGGCCACGGUGUAUCAACAGACACCUGUUCUGUAUGAUGUGUGGCCAGAAGACAUCUCUUGAUGACUUCGAUGUAGAGGUCUUCAUGGAUGAAGACAUCAAACAGAACAUAGAAAAGGUAAAGCUGUGUGCAUGCUGAGGUGUAAUUAAAUUCAAUGAAACACAAUGCAUAGCUUAACUCAUCAGUGGAGCGUCUCAAAAUGUAAGUACACUAAGUGAAUGCUUUAAACGUAUGUAUUUAUGGAGGUGCCUGAUUUUCAAGGUUUCCAACUGCAGCACCCCAGACGACCUGGCAGACUUGAAAAGUCACCUUGGGGACUGGAUUGCAGGCUGUGGUAUCCCUGACAUCUACACUGCCACACUACUAGAUGUUAAGAGGAUAAGGGGGGAGAUUGUAUCUCAUUUUGC